AUGCAAUCUUCCGAAUCAAAUAAUACAAAUAAUGAUGAUAAGUCAUUAAAAACUCAAGAACAGAAUCAAAUCAUAACGAAGGUGAAUGAACCUAUUCUUGAGACUUUGGCUAAAACCCCAUAUCCGGUUUGGUCAAUGGCAACGUUAUGUUUAGGUUCGUCAGGAAUCAUGGCAAGGAAUUAUCCUGGGAUGCCUUCAAUGUGGACAUGUUUAGGUUUUAGUCUAAUAUUUUCUUUUUCGGGGUAUAUGACCUAUACGGGUGAUUUUUAUAAUGGGGCAGGAACUUCAACAUGUUGGUAUAUUGAUUUCUAA